AGAAAUUGUACAAACAAAAUUAAACAAUAUUCCGAAUAAUUUUGAUUUAGAAUAAUUGAAUUUUCUAUUUUAAACCCGUUUAAAAAGAAGAUUGUUGAAAAAGGUAAAUGAAAACCUUCUUUUUUCAAAUUUUAAUCUUUCAAAAAAUGUUUGAGGCUCACAAGAUAUGACAACACAGCUUUUAAAACCAAACAAAUUUACUUUAUUUAAUAAAAAUCUUAACAAUAUUAUUUUGAAUACGCUACGAACUACGAAAAAUUAGAGUGUUCAUUAAAAAUUAAACCUUCCAUUGUUCAAUUUCAUCGUUGCCUAUACAUUUGGGAAAAUUUUAAAUUCUUUCUUUUAAUUCUCUACUCUCUUUUUUAUAAAUCAGAAUAAAGUCUAAAUUCUUCUUACAUUUCCAUUUGCCCAGUAAAAAUCCAUUUAUAAUUUUUUCGUUUUAGAAAUAAAUUUUCACUCUGGUAUAUCUUAACUGAAAUUCAACAAAUUAGAUAUGUUCAAGCGUUAUCAUGAAAUGUGUGGUGUAUUUAUGUCAUCAUCAUUUUUGUUUUUUUUUUCGUAAUUUCUAUAUCCUGACACAUGUCUCCUAACACUUACGUAUUGCUAUCUUGAUGGGUUGCGGACAAAGCUCAAGUCCACUAAAUGAUUCACGUUUACAUACAGAAGGUUUAACAAUUCGCAAUGUGUUUUUUGGUGAAAAAAAAAAAAAUUCUACUUCGAUUAUUAAAAAAAAUAGCAACGCAACAAAAUAUCAACGUUCGUUUUCUGAAAAUACUUUUUUGACUAAUAAUUUAAAAAUAUUUCCCAACGCAAUAAAUGUGCCAAUUUAUGCUGGAUUGUUUAUUAAGCCAAAACAAGCCGUGUUUAGCGAAAAGUAUUCGAUUAUUAAAGAAUUAGGAAGUGGAGCUUAUGGUGUGGUUCUUCAUUGCCAAGAAAAAGAAACUCUUCGAGAAGCGGCUGUUAAAAAAAUUAAUGUUUUACAUUUAAAGGAGGAAGCACAAGAACGAGUUUUCAACGAAUUUAUGGUUGGGAAAUAUUUAGAUCAUCCUAAUAUUAUCCGAUUAUAUGAUGUUUUUAUGGAAGAAUCAACAUUAUAUAUUCUUACCGAACUUUAUACUGGUGGAGAACUUUUUGAUGAAAUUGUCUGCCGUCAAAAAUUCAGUGAAUUCGAUGCAGCUCGGCUAAUGAGAUGUAUUUUUUCUGGUGUAUCUUAUUUACAUAAAUAUCAUAUUCUUCAUCGAGAUUUAAAACCAGAAAAUUUAAUUUUUGAAAAUAAAAGUGCCGAAGCUAACAUCAAAAUUGUUGAUUUUGGUUUAGCAGCUUUUUAUGAUCCAAUGAAAAAAAUGAAUGAACGCUUAGGAACAGCUCAUUAUGUUGCACCCGAAGUGCUAAAGAAGAAAUAUGACGAAAAAUGUGAUAUAUGGUCAUUAGGAGUCAUUCUGUAUAUACUUCUAUGUGGAUAUCCUCCAUUCCGUGGUGCAACGAACGAAGCUGUUCUAAAAAAUGUUAAAAAAGGAAAGGUUUCAUUUCCAUCUGCUGAUUGGAAUUUUAUUAGUUCCAGUGCUAAAAACCUCAUAAACAAAAUGUUAACACUUGAUCCAGCGAAAAGAAUAUCGGCACAAGAAUGUGUAAACCAUCCUUGGAUACAAACCUUGAAACAACAACCGACAUUAGUUCAAACAUCUUCACUAGCUUCAGCGUUGGGCAACCUGCGAAAAUUUCAUUCAUCCAAACAAUUAGCACAGCUUGCUUGUCUUUAUAUAACAUCUCAAUUACUAAGCGUUAAAGAUGUCAAAAUUAUUUCCCAAAUAUUUUAUUUUUUGGAUGUGAAUGGCGAUGGUCAACUUGAUAAAAAAGAACUUUUAAAAGGAUACUCUAAUUUGGUUAAGACGAAAGAUUUAUCACAACCUUUUUUAACGGAACAAUGUAUUUUUGAUCAAAUUGACCAAAUAUUACUAGCUAUUGAUCUCGACAAAAAUGGCAUUAUUGACUAUUCUGAAUUCAUAGCAGCAGCUGUUGAUAAAACGACACUCUUAUCAAAUGAGAAAUUGCUUAAGGCGUUUCAAGUUUUUGAUACAGACAACUCUGGGACUAUCACACUCUUGGAGCUUAAGCAGAUUCUUACAAACGUAACUGAUGAGUAUGGGAAAGAAAUCAUUCAAGAUGUUGACUGUAACUCUGACGGUUUGGUCGACUUUGAUGAAUUUACUAAAAUGAUGCACAAAUUGUGUUAGAAAUUCUUUCCGAGAACUCAGUGGAUUUCACAACGUCGUGUUAGGUUAUAUAUGUUUAACAGAACAAAAAAGAACAUAACACCUAUGAAGACAUUUUUCACUUUUUUUUUGAAAAGCAAAGGAACCAAUCCUUUAAAAGCUUGUUAUAAUAAUUUUUUCCUUCUUUCAGUAAUCAAACAAUAGAACCCCUACCGAAUUCGUUACUUUUUUGCAAAAUACAUUAAAUUUUUUUUUUUUUUUUUAAAACGUAAAAAUGAGUGAACAAAAU